CAGGCCCACAUCGCAUUUCUUCUUCGCGCAAAAGCUCAUCGCGUCCGCUUCGAUCAGAACCCUAGCUGCUGUCGUCGUGCUGGCCGUUCCGCGAUCCGCCGGCGGCAUCCGUCAGCAGCGCCACCGAGCCCCUCUUCUCGCGUUGUUGCUGGUCAAUCAGUGAGCUGCAGCAAUGGCCGCGGGUGCUGCGCCGACCAAUUUGCAGAAGGAGCAGAUGUUUGGAUUGGCGGAGAAAGAGAUGGAGUAUAGGGUUGACCUUUUCAAUCGGCUUACACAUACAUGUUUUGACAAGUGCAUCGAGAAGAGGCACAAGGAUGCUGAGCUCAAUAUGGGAGAGAACAGCUGCAUUGACCGAUGUGUUUCUAAGUAUUGGCAGGUGACUAAUCUAGUUGGACAGCUUCUUGGAAAUCAGCCUAAAAUGUGAACUGAGAUGAAAUUUUGUUCGUGGUGUACUUCUACAAUUUUGGUUUUAGGGUUUGAUGGAUUACUAGUUAAACUAGUGAUACAUGAUAAAUUCAAGAGAGAAAUUAUCUCUCAAAUUAUUAGCAUUGUAUUGUUUGGACAUGAUGGAGAAACCUACUUGUGAGGCUUUGGUACAAAUUCUACAUGCACCUUUUGUUUCAGCUCA